UCACUGUCAGGGGCCAAUUAAAGGAUUGGCAACACUGAAAGAUCAGAUCAGCUGGUCAAUGGUCAGAUCUAUCAAUGGUUCAGCAUUCAUCAUCGAUUCAUAAUUUCAGUUUCCAAUCGAUUCUUCUCGUUUAUAUCAUCAAACUCAAACAUGUAUACCUCACAGGAUCAAAUACAUCUCUAUGCUCAAGAAUCAGCCGAUGACCUUCCUACAGCCUUGGAUCCUAAGACUUGUUUACGUAGAGGGUUUUGUCCAGUACCGAAUCCAACUCGUGAUCCUCAUCAAGCUUAUGAAAGGAAAAUUUAUUUCGAACUUCAUGGUUCCGAAAACCCUACACACAAAAUGGUUUUUAUCAUGGGUCUAAACAAUACAUGUUUCUCAUGGUCAAGACAAGUGGAACAUUUUUCAAAAAAACCAGGUCAUGCGGUUUUAGUCUUUGAUAAUAGAGGAGUAGGAUAUAGUUCUCCAGGUCGAUUAGAAUUGUAUAAAACUUCAGAAAUGGCCAAGGAUAUAUUAGAAUUAUUGAAUUAUAUUCAUUGGACGCAAGAUAGAUCACUUCAUAUUAUAGGAGUUUCGAUGGGUGGAAUGAUUACUCAAGAACUCUGUUUUCUUAUUCCGAACCGAGUUAUCUCAGUCACUCUGACUUCAACCAAAGCUCGUGACAUCCAUUUACCUCCUUUAAAAGUGAUGCUCAAAAUUGCUCUUAUGAAUCUCACAGGUGCAAACCAAGCCCAAAGAGUCUCAGGCCUAGUAAAAAUCAUGUUUCCAGACCAUUACCUAGAAGCUCCAGCCAAAACGUCAGAUGAUCAAUUUACAACCAAUCAAAUCUUAGAAGAAGCUAAGAUGGGAUAUCAUCAUGAUAUAAUGAGACCUCAAAGCUCUUCAGCAGAAGUCUGUCAAACAGCUGCUGCUCUAUUUCAUUCUUGUUCAUCUGAAUCUUUAAAUAGAUUAAGAAAAAGUUUAGGUAAUGCUAAAGUGAUGAUCUUAACAGGUGAUGAAGAUCUUUUGAUGAGUGUUUCAAAAUCGGUUGAAUUACAUCAAGAUUUGAAAGAUUCUGAAUUGAUCGUUUGGAAAGGUGGGGGUCAUGCUUUAUGUGCUCAGAUGGAACAGGAAUACAAUUCAUUGAUUGAAAGAGUUAUGAAAGAUGGUCAUGAUUCUAUCUUUAAUUCUACUCAUUCUUGAUCUAAUUCAGUCAUCUUUUUUUUUUCCACAACAUGUAUUAUUUAGGAACUGCUUGUGGCUCUUUUAUCCCAUUUGUUAUUGUUUGUAUUGGAGUAACCCAUAAACAUGUAGCAUCUUGUAAGGCUUGUAAAUGCAUCAAGUUCCUCUUCCUAUUUUUACCAAGGGCAUCUUUCUGUACAUACGUAGUUUCUUUUUGUUACAUUUAAGUCAAGUUUGAUAAGUUGAGCUUCAGUUAAAUUUCACUCAUGAUUUGUUCAAUCCAGCCACUUUUUCGUGUUGUAUUUCUAUCCUAUCUGCCCUUGUAUAAAAAGAUGCAUUCCAUUGUGGCAUAGAAAACUGAAUGCAUACAAAGUGACAUAAUCAUGACAGGUCACCUCACUGAUUGAAGAUUAAUACUGACAGUAUAACACUUUUCAAGGG